AUGUCUCGUAUCCUGAUAUUUUCUUUGGCGCUUUUGAUGGAAUAUUUCGGUUUACAGUUGGUCUGCAACAUAUUAAACCGACUUGCCAGUUCUCGAGUCUUUCUCUGGUUGUCCGAGGCUGAAUUGCCGGACUUUCAGGCCGUCACUAUUUUUCCUCUCCUGACGGCCACUGCUGGUCUCCUAAUCCGCCUUAUGCUUCGGCCACCAGGCCCUAUUUCCUCCUUCACCUCUUCCAAAACCUCUACUAUUCCACUCACCACUAGCAAUGUCAUCGCCAUUAGUUUGCCCGGGACUGGUUGUACCUCCUAUUUGGCAGGUUCGGAUCUGACAUCUAUUGUCCCUUCUAGUUCUCUGGGAGGUGGUCGGCUAGCAGAAUCAAAUAAGCCAGUAAAACAGACGCAGGCAAAUCAAACCAGUCAGGAGAAUAUGGCCCAACUCCUGGUCGGUCAACUUAGCUUUGAUAUGGACAGUUUUCAUCUAUUAUUCGGCCUAAAGGGCGAUGCUUGUUCCUCUUCUCCGGAUACAGCUGUUGCCACCACUACAAAGUCCGACUAUAAAGCUUCCAGUCUUGCCACCACCAGCAGCAAAAUUUUGACUUCAUCUGCUUGCAAUACUUUGGCUGGAGUUUUCACUUUAGCAAAAUGUAGGCCAGCUGUUUUGAGUAUUGUUAGUCUUUUCCCCUCGAGCUCUCAUCUUAAAAAUCGUUUUUUUGCAUAA